CAUUUCACCGAAUUGUUGCGAGCGCUUCUUGCAUUGUGUCUGCUGCUAAUAUUGCUCUUGAUACAUUUAGUGGUGGAUCUGAUACUACCGUGAUUGCAAAAUGCCGCUGAAAGCCGUGUGCGUUCUUAACGGAGAUGUGAAGGGAACGAUCUUCUUCGAACAGAGCGUGGAGUCGGAUCCGGUUAAAGUGACCGGUUCGGUAACUGGUCUGCAGCCUGGAGAUCAUGGAUUCCACAUUCAUGAGUUCGGUGACAACACCAACGGUUGCAUGUCCACAGGCGCUCACUUCAAUCCGCACGGCAAAACACACGGAGCACCGUCCGCUGAAGAGCGUCAUGCUGGUGACAUGGGAAACAUUGUUGCGGAUGGUACUGGUGAAGCAAAGGUAGAUUUGACGGUGACCCAAAUCGCUCUUAGCGGACCUCUGAACGUGGUAGGCCGUUCGUUGGUAGUUCAUGCUGAUCCGGACGAUUUGGGCCUGGGAGGACAUGAAUUGAGUAAAUCCACUGGCAAUGCCGGAGCUCGGCUAGCUUGUGGCGUGAUUGGAUUGUGCAAAAUUUAAGCAAUGCUUCAUCAUUCAAUCAAUAUAUGCCACACUGUCUGCUCGGACGGGUAACAGACAAGACGACAUAAUACGUUCUUGCAUAAUGAUCAACAAAACCACAUGUAUGUAUGCCCCAUCUGCGUGGAAAGUUGAUGUAAAACUAUUAUUAAUUCCAUUACAUGGGGAAAAGGUCUACACAGGUACAUCACUGUCAAUAAAUGAAUGAAAAAUUCAAA